CCAGCUGGCAGGGGUCUUCCUGCGGUGGGUUACAGCCUUGCAAGUGUCCAGGGCAAUGUGGUGCCAGCCCCAGAGAUGGAGCCUGUGUGUGGGUUGUAGCCAGCCUUGUGUUCUCCUGUUUCAGGGGCUGAGAAAGAUCUUGCUGGAGGAGCAAAGAAGAGCUUUCCUGCAGAGGGCCCUUCAUGCAGUUCGCAAUGGACCGAUGCACAUCAGCCAAGCUGGGCUGGUUUUCCUGUAUGCAAUCUUGGGGGAAGCCGGCCGCUUGAUGGGGCACAAGGAGAAAGAAAUCCCCAUCAGGGUCCUGAAUAAGGUCUUCAUUAUCACCUACCUGAAGGAGCUGCCUAAAGAUCUGCAAGGGCACAGCCUGCUGGUCACCUCCUCCAGCGCCAUCGCCUCUCUCCAGCCGCCCACACUUGCUCCUGCAGCAACACCUGCAGACCACCUCAACCCUGACAGCACCUCCAUGAGAGAAGAUGACCUCCCCAACCUCACCUGGAGCCCGAUGGCUACAGAGAAAAGCUGCAACAGCGCUGAAGCCACCACACACGUCACCGACUGACAAGUCAUCAUCCAGUCUGAGCCGUCCGCCACAGCCAAGUCAGCCUCUGCAACAGGAGCAGCCUGAGAAACCCUCGUGGUGAAGAACUUGAAUAUCUUCCAGACCAGCUCUGCAAAGGGCUGGGGAAAGACCAGGCACCAUGAGUUUGUAGUGCCCAGGUUGCCAAGUGGAGGAUGCUCUUGUUGUGUGGAUGGCAUUUUGUGACCCCUGCCUCAGGGCUUUGGCCGGUCGCCAUUUGGGGCCAGGAAGGAAUUUUUUCCCCCUUCAUUUAUGGAACCAACUUCGGGGGGUUUUUCGCCUUCCUCUGAGGCAUCGGGACAUAAUCAGACCAUCCCGGCGUCUGUUGUGUUAGUAGCCUGUCCUUGAAUCCAUCGAGAGCCAUUCAGGGAGUGAAGAGAGCAAAGGCAUAAACCACGUGCACUGUUGAACAUAGAUUUAGUGUAAUGUGUAAUGUUAUAGAAACUAAGAGGAGAUGUAGGAUAAUAAAGUUAAGCUUUAGUUUUCUUUUCUUAUAA